GAGUUUUUGUGGCGCGGUCAUUGACGAAUUGUCGAAUGAACUCAGAGAAGCUCUUGACAAAGAUGCUGCCGAUUUUGCGGAGCGGAAGCGGCUUGAGUUGGAAAGUGCAGCGGCCAAUGUGUCGAUGCGGCGCAUGUUCCAUGUGCUGAAGCCACUCUAUAAGCCCGCCCGGCAGUCGGCAGCAUGCGUGGAGAAAGCAGAUGGCACUGUCGCGUUGUCAGCCUCUGAAGCAAUGCGCGAAAUUGCCGGGCAUUUUGCCAUGUUGUUGCAAGGUAGCCACAUUGCCAUGCGUGACUUGAUAGAGAAAGAUCGGAUUGACAACAUCGUCGUUGCAGAUCGCACAGUUGACGCAAUUGACUUCGGCCUCGCCCCGAGCAUUUCGGAG